AUGCCUGUGGAUGGCCCAUCUGGGUGGCCAGCCCUGCUCUCCCUGCUUCUGGCCGUGGCGAUGCCUUUUUUCUGCUCAGCCAUAUCCAUAGAUGAAGCAUGGAACCAGCUGUUGAUGAGAGAGAAGAUGAUGCAGCUGGGGGGGCAGCUGGUGCUGACCGAACAGGAGGAGCUAGCCAAUGAGAGGCUCAUGGCCCUCAAAAAGGCUGAGGUGACACAGGCGAUGAGGACCCAGAAGUUCCCUCCCAGCAUGCACUUUUUCCGGGCCAAGACUCUCAUUGAGAAAAGUGAGGUGUUUAAUAUCCUGAAGAAGAUGCCAAAAGGGGCUGCCUUACACGUCCAUGACUUCAGCAUCCUGAGUAUGAACUGGCUGGUGAAAAAUGUCACGUACAGGCCCCACUGCCAUUUCUGUGUCACCCCAAGCGGGUACUUGAAGUUCAAAUUUGCUUAUCCAGCGCCCCCCACUCCUAAACCAGCAGAAUGUUCGGAGUGGGUUUUGCUGGAGAAAUAUCGAAAGGAGCUACAGAAUGUCACUGAGUUUGACAACAGACUUCUUCAGACUUUCACCCUGAUGACCGAGAACCCUGAGGUGGCUUAUGCAAACCAAGAUGCUGUCUGGUCCAAGUUUAAUAGUAUCUUCUUCACAAUCUCUGGCCUUGUCCACUAUGCACCAGUGUUCAGAGACUAUGUCUUCCAGGCACUGGAGGAGUUCUACCAGGACAAUGUACUCUACCUGGAGCUCAGAGCCAUGCUGUUCCCGGUGUAUGAACUGAACGGGACUGUCCAUAGCCAAGAGUGGUCAGUGAAGACUUACAGAGAAGUGGCUUGUAUGUUUGCAGAAAAGCAUCCUGGGUUUAUUGGAAUGAAAAUCAUUUAUUCGGAUCACAGAGUCAAAAAUGUGUCCUUCAUCAUGAAAUCCAUCCAAACAGCCAUGACGCUCCGAACCAUGUUCCCCAGGAUGGUGGCAGGGUUUGACCUGGUGGGGCAUGAGGAUACUGGCCACUCCUUGUAUGACUACAAGGAGGCUUUGAUGAUUCCCACCUUGCAUGGCGUUAAACUGCCUUACUUUUUCCAUGCUGGAGAGACAGACUGGCAGGGUACUUCCAUAGAUAGAAACCUUCUGGUUGCUCUAAUACUGAACUCUACCAGGAUUGGCCAUGGAUUUGCUUUGACAAAACACCCAGCAGUCUGGGCUGACUCCUGGAAGAAGGACAUCCCCAUAGAAGUCUGUCCCAUCUCCAACCAGGUUCUGAAACUGGUGUCUGACUUGAGAAACCAUCCUGCUGCUGUUCUGAUGGCCACUGGGUACCCCAUGGUGAUCAGUUCUGAUGACCCGGCAGUCUUUGGUGCCAAAGGCUUGUCCUAUGAUUUCUAUGAGGCCUUCAUGGGUAUUGGGGGAAUGGCAGCUGAUCUGAGGACACUCAAACAACUGGCCAUGAACUCUAUCAGAUUCAGCACCUUGAUGGAUAUUGAUAAAAAAGCUGCCAUGAAAACCUGGGAGGAGAGAUGGAAUAAGUUUGUAGCUGACCUGGCCGGGAGGCCAAAGUGA